GCUGCUCUCGCUGGUGACCGCGCCUGGCCACACUCAUCCGGGCCGCAGAAGCAAAGCCAAGGAGUCGUUGCUGACGACAACUGUGGGCACCUCCUGUGUUGGGGUUGCGGCCACCGACAGGCCUGCGCCGUCGCUCCUCCGGACCAAGCGUCAAGGAUAGCGCUUCCUUAUUGCUGAGACCUACAGGGCUCCUUGAGGGUGUGUCCAGUGAUGUCAGGGCUCCGGAAAGUUUCGGAGUGAACCCCCCCAAUGUCCACUUAUGGGGCCAUGUAAUCUGGUAGUAUUUCUGGAAAGCUGGCCUUAGGCUCCAGGUCACGGCUUUUUUUUCCUCUCCAAAAAGUUUAAGCUCCCCUUCCUGUCUCUUCAAACUCACUGCUCCCUGAGGUGCCAUGGUCCCUAAGCCUGGGGGUGAAUGGAGCAGUGUCCUGUCCCACCUUGCUCUUGGAGUGGUGUCUCUGCAUGCAGCGGUGAGCUCUGUGCAGUCAAGUCGAGGAGCUGCUGCUGGCUUCCUGCUCCAGGCCUUGGCUGCUGCCACCACACUGGCCCCAGGGCUGGGCACACAUGAAGACUGUCUUGCUGGAGCCUGGGUGGCCACAGUGAUUGGCCUGCCCCUUUUGGCCUUCGAUUUCCACUGGGUGAAUGGAGAUCGUUCCUCUGCCAACCUGCUUCUGGGAGGAGGCAUGGUCCUGGCAGUGGCUGGUGACCAUCUUGGCCCUGAAGGCUGUUCUGUGGCUGGUCAGGCAGUGCUGUUAGUGGUGGCAGUGACUAUCCUCAUUGUGGCUGUUUUCACAGGCAACACUUAUGGGAUGUGGGGGGGUGCCAUGCUGGGUGCUGCAGGUCUCCUGAGCCGGCUGGAGGAGGAUAGGCUGCUGCUGUUGCCCAAGGAGGACAUCUGUCGCUGGGCUCUGGCUGCAGGCAGUUGGGCCUACAGCUGGGCCCUGCACACACAGCGCCUGCAGUGGGAAUGACAGUGGACACAAGAACAUAGGCUCUGCCCUGGUUCUAUCUCCCUUUUUACUUGCUUGUUCCUGGGUAUUCCCCAUCUAGAAACAAGAUUUCUUUUUUCCUGAGGUAGGCCUGCUGCAGGUUUGUUGAUCAGAAGUGCUUGGGAGCUGUCCCUUCUCUGAUCAUGUGUAGGGACUUGCCUAGACCAGAAUUAAAGGGAUCUACUUCUGGGAGGACGCAAUUGUGGGUCUAUAUCUCCAAUAAACCUUAGGAAUUCUAAA